GAUACGCGCACGAGACGCGUACACGGACGUGCGUCAGUCCCCACAUCGAAAGAAGCGCGUGGUCGAAACGAUAACUUUUCGUAAAUUGACGACCGCAGACCGCUUGGUGGCAGUAACCCCGAGUCAGUUCGAUCGCGUGCAUCCUGUGGUCCACUGCACGCGCACCGCCACCAUGGCUGGAUCGAAAACCGUAGAUCUGUCUUUUCUACAAUCCAUGAUGGACAAGAUAGAGCCUGGAGUGAAGAUCGACUCUUACGAAUCCAAACUGGGGUCGAAGAGAGGCGACAAUUACACGUCCAUGUUGUACAGGAUCAAACUGUUCGGCGAACGUGGAUGGACGAAAUCGUUGAUCUACAAGUGUUUACCGGAAAACAAGCAGACGAGGAGCAAGUACAAGUCCGAAAUGUUGUUUAACAACGAGAUGACGUUCUACGUGAAAUCGUACACAGCGUUGAUGGAAUACCAGGAGCUCAAACGAUUCACCGACACUUUCAACAGUGUCCCGAAAUGCUAUUUUGCCCGAAGCGAUAUUAUUGUGUUGGAGGAUAUGCGAUGCAAAGGUUUCACGAUGUUGGACAGGAAGAAGGGUCUAGACUUCGAUCAUUGCAAAGCCAUCCUCAGAGGUCUUGGGAAAUUUCACGGAUUGUCUUUGUCCAUGAAAGUCGAUGAACCGGAAAAGUUUAAACGAUGCAUCUCAGAGGCAAUCAAAGAGGUGUACUACAAGAGUGAAAACGAAUUAUGGUACAAAGGAUAUUACCGAAGAGCAGCGGAGAACGCAAAGAAAAUGUUGGAGUCGGAGCUGACCGAGGACGAAAAACCAAAAUAUUUGGAAAAAUUUCGAAAACACGUCAACCCCGAAUCGUUCUUCGGUGACAUGGUGGAAUUGGUGUCGCCGAAAGAACCUUUGGCCGUGCUGUGCCACGGCGACUGUUGGACGAACAAUUUUUUGUUUCAGUACGCUCUCGACGGAAGCAUAUCCGAAAUAUCCGUAGUGGACUUUCAAAUGGCCCGGUACGGUUCGCCGGCGCUGGACCUGGUCAGUCUGCUGUACUGUUGCACCGGCGUGGAGUUGCGCAGGCGGUGUUUGCCAGCACUGAUGGACGAGUACUAUGAUUCGGUCAGCCGUAUCCUGACGCAAACCAACUGCUCGGUCCACUACCCGGACUUACGAGAAAAGUUGGACGGAGAGCUGCGCGAGUACACGGUGUUCGGGCUGGGCGUGGCGCUGGACGUGAUACCGAUCGCGACGUGCGACUCGGAACAGGCGCCGGACAUGUACACGGCCGAGGAGGACGCGGACGACGGGCCCGGCGACGAACCGUACCCGGCGGCCACCACGAGCGCGCUGUGCCGCGCAAUGAUCGCCGACCUGGUCAAAGAGCUGGUGGACAACGGACGUCUCAAGUGAUCGUCGCGCGCUCGUGUCCCGUCGGAUAUUUUUGAUUUUGUUCACGUAUCAUUUCGUUCUCCCCCUUCGGGUCAACGACCACGCGGCACAUAUUGUAUACAUUAUUAUUAUUAUUAUUAUUAUUAUUAUUAUUAUUAUUAUUA